AUGGACCGCGCGACGACGGCGACGACGACGACGACCGACGACGACGAUGGCUACGUCGUGAUUCGCGCCACGGGACUCACGACGGAUGGACGCGCGCGGGCGACGGUGGAGAGCGAGGCGAUGGCGACGCUCGAGCGGGCGAUCGAGGCGACGAUGCGCUUGGAACGGGCGCGCGCGCGGUCGGGAGGGAAAGGGGGGAGGGGGAAGCGAACGCGGCCGACGUGUGAGUUUCCGGUGGAAACGACGGUGUGGCACGUCGAUCGACGGGAGAAAGGGGGGGCGCCGCGGGCGGAGGAUGGCGAAUUCAUGGUGACGCGCUCGUCGAGCGUGCGGCGGUACAUGACGCAGCCGCCGUUGAAGAGGGCUCGGGAGCACGGACACGGGGUCGGGACGUCCACGGAUGGGGGGGGGCCGACGGAGCUCCUGUCCGGGUACGACGUGGCGCGCGCGCAGAUCGCCCCGGGGGUGCCGUUCGUCGAGGCGAAGAUAUUCGGUCAGACGGCGGACGAUCCGUUCAUGAUCCGUCCGAACAUCUCGAACGAGACUUUUCGAACCCUCCUCGGACGCGCGGUGGGGAAAUAUCUCGCAGAGGAGCGCGAACCCUAUCCGGUGCUCCCGAAGCAGGACGCGCAGAUCCAGAUCGCGCACGGCGCGCACGGCAUGGCGUGCCAUGUGUUAGCCAUUCGAGCGCUCGGUCACGCCUCGGCUGACUUUUCCAUGUCUCUGGAUGAACAAGGUUGCCUGUACGUGCGGUGCGAACCCGCGGAGAUCCGUCCGGCUGAUCCGGCGUCAAAAGUUGGACGCCCGUUCGAGAUGGUCUGCCAAUUCCCGACCCUGGUGGAUCUACUGACGUGUCGGUGCGUCUAUCAAAACGAGGUUCUCUACGUCAUCGCCUAUCCUCGCUCGCCGAAAUCGCGCGCGCUCAGGUUAUCCGCCCCGGUGAUGGCGCAGGACAUCAUCGGCGGUAAACCCGAGGAGAACGGAGCGCCGGGGACGAGCGCGCACGCGAUCUCGGGUCCAAGUAGCGACGGCGGACAAAAGAACGAACGUCCGAUCGAGCUUCCGUCGACGUCACCGGCGCGUGCCCCCGAGGCGCGAGCAGACGCAACCGGCGACAGGGGCGUGGUUGGGACGAACAGAAGCGGGGACGACGUCGAGGACGAGCUCGAACCGAACGAGUUGGAAACGAAUUAG